UCCUGAGAUCGUCCGAACGUGUGGCCCCGGCUCACGGAAUACUUGUUUAACUGAUAUGUCUUCAAGAUAGGAACCAACGCAUUUCCUGAUUCGUAUCAACAUACAGUCGCAUUUGUAAGCAACUAUAAAACGUAUUUAAAACAAGAUUCACAGUGGCUUACACAAUGAAAAGAAUGAAGGAGACAUCCGUCAGAUACCACAAGAUGCACUACAAUGGGGAUAACUUCACAGAUCUACAGUUUGAGAGGCCUCCUCCGAAGUUCCCAGCGAAGGCCAUUGCUCUAGCCUCCAUGCUGUUCAUUGUAGGGAGUGCCCUCUUAGUGAUUGGUGCUCUGUUGAUCACAGGACAUAUUGAUGUUAAGUAUGGUGACAGAACGUGGCCAGUGUUGAUUCUCGGUUCCAUCAUGUUCAUCCCGGGAUUCUACCAUGUGCGGAUAGCGUACUUCGCCUACAAGGGUUACGUUGGUUACUCGUAUGAUGAUAUCCCGGAGUUUGACUGAACACAUUAGCAGCAGAAAUGCAACUGUUAGAUCUGUGAUACUUUAACGCUAAAUUGUACCAGUGUUAUGAAAGCAGUAUUUUUAUGUUCAAAAUUGGGGCCGGUAUACAACCCCAUUCCCAAUUCAACAACAUUUAGUUAAUCUCCCAUCCAACUCUACAAGUUACACAUUAAAUACGAUAUUUAGAACACUUUAAUUCUCAUUUGUGAAGCAUUUAUAAGCAAAAAACCAACAACACUAAUUUCCCAUUAGACCCGGCCCCAUUCCCUAAAUUGUGAAAAAAACACUGGAAAGUUUAAGGUUCUGGACCAACAAUACUGUGUUGGAAAAGUGAUGCAAGGUUGAGAUGGUGAUCAAAGAAAAUAAUUCUAAGUCAUCAUGUUAGCAUUCACUAUAGGUUAUGCCAUUGAGUGAUAGUUGCUAUUUAUUUGUUAAGAAUUUCAUGGGUGUUCGUAUUUUAAAAUGACACUUCUUUUAAAACCCUGUAAUUAUUUAUUAUGCAAUUUGGUAUAAUCUUUUAUUGUUUGUCUAAUGAUUAUCAUUGUAGUUCUCUAACAAAACUCCUCAGUUUGUGUUUUUGCUACUCAGAUUGCAUUUUGUAUUUCAUAUCAAAACACCAACUGAUAUAUUUUUUGGGGGGUUUCUACAAUCAGAAAACAUCCUCUCUAUCAUGACCUUUAAAUUACCAUGUUCCUACUUUUGCUUCAUUUUAAGAAACAAUUUCUCUAAUUUUCCCGCUUGGCAACCUGCAAAUAUUUAGUUAAUUCUGUAUGUGAACAGUAUUGUUAUGUAUUGUUUUAUAACAUGAUCUGAAGAAAGCAUUUUCCCAACAUAAAUGCGUGUAUUUGCAAUGCCGAUUAGAUCAGAAUUGUGUUAUAAUAGUGAGUCCAAGUUGUGGGUAUUAUUUGAUAUUUCUUUUUACCAAGAUUAUUCCAAAACAGUCAUGACCACCCCAUGUUAGUAACUGGAUGUGAUCCAAUUGCUGUUGAUAGUCCUUUGAGAAGUUCUGUUCUUAGUUAAUGUGCAUAUUAUUAUUAUUACUAUUAUUAUUAUUUUAUGUUGUUUGAGUGAGCUUAUUCAAUGUUAUAUGUACCAAUGAGGUAUUUAUGUGUAAAUGUUCUAUUUGAAUUGUGGAUAAUAACCUGAUAUUAUCUAACAUUUGUGUAUUUUUGACAGGAUUAGACAGGAAAUA